AGAAUACAAAAUGUCAGAUAACGAAGCUUUAGAUGUCGAAGAAUACCAACAAGCUGGUUCAGGUGCUUCAUUAACCUACCCAGUUCAAUGUUCAUCAUUAAGAAAGAACGGUUUUGUUGUUAUCAAAGGUUUCCCAUGCAAAGUUGUUGAUAUGUCAACCUCAAAGACUGGUAAACACGGUCACGCUAAAGUCAAUCUUACUGCCGUUGAUAUCUUCACUGGUAAGAAAUACGAAGAAAUUUGCCCAUCAACUCACAACAUUGAUGUCCCAAAUGUCAGCAGACAAGAAUACACCGUCUUAGAUAUUCAAGAUGGUUACUUAUCACUCUUAUCAGCUGGUGGUGAUAUCAAAGAAGAUCUCCCACUCCCAGAAGACGAAAUUGGCAAAGAAAUCCAAGAUAUGAUCAAUGCUGGUAGAGAACCAUUAGUUUCAGUCAUCUCUGCUUUAGGUAAAGAAGGUAUUGUCUCAGUCAAAGAAUCAAGCAACAAAUAAAUAAUUUAAAUAAUUUACUUAAGUUUUAAAACAACUUUAUAAAAAACAAAACUCCUCCUUUUUUAAAAAAAAAUUAAAAAAUAUAUAAAAAAAAAAAAAAAUUUAUU